AUGAUCACCUGGCCGGAGUAUAUGCGCGUUGUGGAAUCACCAAUCCUUACGUGCUUCUCGGCGAGAAAAGGUUGCAGUGGCGAUUCCGCCCUCAGUACUUCCAUUCAGAAGAUGCGAGAAAACGUUACCUCGCUCGGUGGCCGAAUCAUGGGCUAUAUGGUUGCCAAGUCAGAGGGCCAGGGUCCGAACUGGCACGGUCACGUGACUGCCCUUUCGGUGGCUCCGGAAUAUCGUCGAGUCGGGCUGGCUGGAAGACUCAUGAAGGGAUUUGAGGACACCUCUGAAAGGAAAGCUUGCUAUUUUCUCGACCUGUUUGUCCGUGCUUCGAAUGAAUUGGGCCACAAUGUUUACAAGAAAAUGGGUUAUGUUAUCUACCGACGGGUAUUGAAUUAUUACUCGGGCAAGGACGAUGAUGAAGACGCCUUCGGUAUGCCUUUUCGUUUCUCCAAUGUACACAUUUCCAUAAAUUUGUGCGAUCUCCCGGUAGAACUUAUCUAUAUGUAUCGCAUUUAUCUCAUUCACAUUCAAUUCUGCAACAAUUUAGAUAUGCGAAAGGCGCUUUCAAGAGACGUUGAACGCAAAUCUGUCGUACCUCUCAAACGGCCUGUGAAGCCUGAAGAUCUGGAAUUCAACUAA